GCUGCGGGCAGACGCGGCGCUGCGCUCGGCCGGGCCGGCACCAUGCGGUCCCUGCUCUGCGCGCUGGCCGGGCUGGCCCUGCUCCGCGCCGCGGGCUCUUUGGCCGCUGCAGAACCCUUCAGCCCUCCACGAGGAGAUUCAGCUCAGAGCACAGUGUGUGACACACAUAUGGCUGUGCAACGCCGUCUAGAUGUCAUGGAGGAGAUGGCUUCUGAGCCCCGGAGCUGCAGCCCAGCAGCUGGAGGUGGUGCACCUGCCAGGCAGCACCCACAGAGCCAGCCCUGUCCUCUCGCCGUCCUUCCUCAGCUUCGUGUGAAAUAAAAGCUAUUCUUUUGGUCUCCUCUGUGUCUGCUGACAGAGUAACCCGUUUAACUAUAGCCCCCUCUCCCUCCACUUCCAUGCCUGGAAGAGGCCUGCAACCCCCUUCAGGCUCAGACCUGGGGACACGCCCACACCCGCCAUCUGUGCUUUAGCACUCCUUAUUUACUGGGGCAGAUGGAGCAGGGGUUCACUCACACAGGUGGGGGCCCUUCGAGUGGCCUUGCUUCUCAAAAUGUGGCCAUAGGUGAGAAGCAAGGGGAUCAGGGUCUCAGGACCCACCCAGACUUCCAAAUCUGCAUUACAAUGAGACCCCCAGGGAAUUUACGUGUCCGUUAAAGUGGUUUGUUGCUGUUUUUAAAAA